AUGCCACCUAUCAAUACACCUGAAGAAGAAGACAAUUAUGUUAGCACCACAUCCAAUGAUGGUGAUAUAACCACCGUGGAGGAUGUCUUCGAUUUGCCAUUGUUUGUGGAGGAGGACAACGAGGAGGCGGCGGCGGAAGCAGCGAAACAGAAGCGACGGGAGCAGAGCUUGAAGCCCCGGCAGCCGAGGCCGACGAGUUAUCGGGACACGCCGGAGAUGAAGGAGAGGUGGGCGAGGAGUAGUGCUCUGGCUUCCCAGUAUUGGGAGCAUGACCCCAAGACAGGGAUCAGCUACUACACGCGUGCCUGCUUCCUAAACCUCACCAUCUUCGACCUUGACAAGGAGACGCAAUAUGGUCCAAUGCGUUUUACAGACGCAAUUAUCCCAGAGGAUCACAUUUUGACUAGCUCGUUAAAUGUAAUAUCUCUCAAAGUAAAAUCAUCGGAUGUUGGCUACCCUAUCAAUCUAUAUGGGACUGUGAUAGUCAGAGAUGGAUUAGAUUUUAACUGCAUCACCAUCUUCCGGCGCAAUAGGAACAAUUGCCAAGUUAUCCAGUCAGAGAAUGAAGAUAUAAUUCUCACAGGACCAACUAGAGGAAUUGUUUUUUAUGGUGAAAUAUUUUUUGAGAUAAAUUUGAAGAUUAAGGAGAAUGAAGAGUGCAAUGACAAGGAAUUUAGUAAAGGAUUGCUUGAAAUGAAAGUCUACACUCGUCGGUUUAAGAUUGUGACUGAAACCUUGGAGAGUAGGCUCAGUGAGGUGGAACUUGUAACUGCUUGUGUUAAGGAAGCAUUGGAGGGCACUGUUGAGAUAAAGAUUCUGUCAGAUUCUGAAGUUUUUCAUGGGAAAAUUACGGCUUGCACAACAGAUGUUCCGAAUGAUAUUGUACUGUAUGACAGUGAUGUCGGUUCUGCAAACGCGGUUGGUGAUGACAGAGUCGUGCAGCUGCUGCGACGUGUCGUAGCAGUGUCCAGAAAAGAGAUGUUGAUAUUGAAUAUCCAUGCCCAUAAUAUUCAUCAGAAUCAUGUCGUCAGUCGCAGUUUGAAGUUCACCCCAUUCACUAGAGGCUCUAAUGAGGACGAGAUUAGCUGUGGUAUUUACAAGAUGCGGGUGAAAGUUGUUUGGUCAACCUUGUUGAUGGGUUAGAAUUAUACUCUACUGAGAGUCUUUUUACAAGAUGCGGGUGAAAGUUGUUUGUAAAUUAACAACUUUGAGAUGAAUUAGAAUUAUACGCUAUUGGGAAUAUUUUUCACAGAUCUUGUAGCUUAUGCUAAACUCGGUGGUGUAAAUAAUUAAACUUUUAAGCUAGCUGUCAUGCCGAAAUUGAAUGUAAGUGGU